AUGUCCUCAAUCAGACAUAUAGGGGAUAUGACUUUAGUAUUCGAACGAACGCCUGGCUUUACAUGGAUGGUACCGGAAUACAAUCAGCGUUUUAUUGAUAUCACCGUAAAAUAUGCCCGCACAAUCGGCUGGAUGAUUUUUGGACAUCAUCAUACUGACACUUUUCACAUUAUUAAGGCAAUUUACCUGGAGCUGGCUCCGUCAAUCCAUCGUUUCGCGUUUACGACCUGGAUGAAAGCACUGGCCAGCUCGUUGAUGCUACGUAACAUUUUCGUCCCAGAAACUUUUUCCAAAUCACUAAAUGCAACAUCAAUGAAUUCCAUCCUGGAAAAGUUAAAAAGCAAUGACUCGGAAACUUGGCAAAAAUAUGUGGAAUAUAAUACGGUCAAAUGGGGUGUUGGUCUGCCACAGGGCAUUUUCAGAGCGGCGCAAUUAUGCUCCAUUGAAUAUCCGGAUCUGGUCGCCUACAACGCCUGCAUGCCAGCUGGUCCAUGGCCAGUGGCUGCCGCUUUUGAACGAUGCUUAAAAGUAAACCGAUGA